AUCAACAGCGGGCAGCAGGCCCGCACACAGGCAUGCAGAAUAGGGACUGUGCCGCUCACCACGGGAGAGGAAGUGGCUCCCUAAGUCAACACCUGACCCUGCCACUUUAUGACAGAGCGUCUCGGGCAACAAACGAUCACUGCUGUUCCUUGAAGACCGAGGCACUGUCAACUGGAUGGUCUAAAGGAAAGAAGGGUCAGGAGCAGAGCCGUCACCGUGCCUCUAGCGUCCUACUACAAUCUGAAAAAGCAGAGUCUCUGAUUCUGGGAAACAAAGAACUGGCAGUACACCUGAAAAUGACCAGAAGGAGGAUAUACUGGGUCCCCAGGUCUUCUGGUGGCCUUGUGAAUCUCGGCUUGGAUGUAGAGGAUGACAUGGUUUCAGGACUUAGCUAUAAAACAAUCACUGUUGAAGACAGCCCCUGCAGACAGCAGGUGAGGGAACGUGAGGCACGAGGGAGAGGGAAGUAUGACACUGCCUGGAAAACCAUGAUUCCCUUCCGACCAAAGCCAAAGUUUCCUGAGCACCAACCCCUGGAUGAUGCUGGCCUGUUCUCCUACCUCACGCUGUCAUGGCUCAGCCCGCUCAUGGUUCGAGGUUCACAGAGAUGCUUAGAUGAGAACAACAUCCCCCAGCUGUCAGUACACGAUGCCGCAGACAAAAAUGCCAAAAGGCUUCAUCUUCUUUGGGAAGAAGAAGUCUCAAGGCAUGGAAUUGACAAAGCUUCAAUGUUUCGAGUGAUGCUAAGAUUCCAAAGAACAAGGUUUAUUUUUGAUACAAUUUUGAGCUGCUUCUUCUCGGCUGCAAGUGUUCUGGGGCCAAUGUUGGUUUUACCAAAGAUCCUGGAAUACACCAAAAACCCAUCGAGGGACGUUACCUAUGGAGUUGGGCUUUGCCUGGCCCUUUUUCUCACUGAAUGUCUGAAGUCUCUGAGCAUGUGCUCAUGCUGGGUCAUCAACCAGCGCACCGCCAUCAGGUUCCGUGCAGCUGUCUUCUCCUUUGCCUUUGAGAAGCUGAUGCAAUUUAAGUCUCUAACACACGUCACCAUGGGAGAGGCCAUUAGCUUCUUCACCAGCGACAUAAACUACCUGUACGAGGGAGUGUACUAUGGGCCCCUGGCCGUGCUCACCUGCUUACUGUUGACAAGCUGCAGCAUCACCUCUUGCCUCAUUCUCGGACCCACAGCGCUCAUUGCCACACUGUGCUAUCUUCUGAUUUUGCCGCUGCAGAUAUUCCUGACCAGAAAGCUUGUGGAGUCCCAGAAUCAUACAUCAGAGAUCAGUGACCAGCGCAUCCGCGUGACCAGUGAAGUUCUCACCAGCAUUAAGUUGAUUAAAAUGUACUCCUGGGAGAAGCCAUUUACAAAAGUUAUUAAAGAUCUCAGAAAAAAGGAAACAAAGCUCUUGCAGAAGUGUGGGUUUAUGCAGAGCCUGAGCACAAUCAUCUUGUUCCUAGCCCCCUCCUUAUCUAUGGUAUUGCUGUUCCUCUCCCACACAGGCUUACGAUUGAAACUCACAACUUCAGUAGCCUUCACCACUGUGGCCACCUUGAAUCCCUUGAGGCUGUCAGUGUUCUUAGCACCCUUCGCCGUCAAAGGCCUCACAAACUCCAGGUCUGCUGCGGACAGGUUCAAGAAAUUCUUCCUCCAAGAGAGCCCUGUCAUGUAUGUUAAGGCAUUGGAAGACCCCAGCAAGCCAGUGGUUUUAGAGGAGGCCACAUUGUCAUGGAGAAAGAUUUGCCCUGGGAUCGUCAAUGGAACCUUGGAGCUGGAGAAGAACAGAUACACUCCCGAGGGCAUGACCAGAGCUCAGCCACCUCCGGGUGGCCUUGGGCCAGAGGACCAAGGGGAUACCCGGGGCCCAGAGUUGCACAAGAUAAACCUGGUGGUGUCAAAGGGCACCAUGCUAGGGGUCUGCGGCAACAUGGGAAGUGGCAAGAGCAGCCUGCUGUCAGCCAUCCUGGGGCAGAUGCACUUGCUGGAGGGUUCAGUGGGGGUGCACGGAAGCCUGGCCUAUGUGCCCCAGCAGGCCUGGAUCAUCACGGGGAGUGUCCGGGAGAACAUCCUCAUGGGAAGCCAAUAUGACAAGGCCUGGUAUCUCCAGGUGCUCCACUGCUGCUCCCUGAACCACGACCUGGAGAUCCUGCCCUUCGGAGACAUGACGGAGAUUGGGGAGCGGGGCCUCAACCUCUCAGGGGGGCAGAAGCAGAGGAUCAGCCUGGCCCGUGCCGUCUACUCUGACCGUGAACUCUACCUGCUGGACGACCCACUCUCGGCCGUGGAUGCCCAUGUGGGGAAGCAUAUCUUUGAGGAGUGCUUUAAGAAGGUGCUCAGGAGGAAGACCGUCAUCCUGGUGACCCACCAGCUGCAGUAUUUAGAGUUUUGUGACCAGAUCAUUUUAUUUGAAGAUGGAAAAAUCUGUGAAAAAGGAAUUCACAGGGAGCUCAUACAGAAAAGGGGACCAUAUGCCCAGCUCAUCCAGAAGAUGCACAGGAAACCCACACAGGUUGUGUCGCAGGGAGUCGCACAGACAGAAGAGGAGCUACAGCUGGAAGGUCCGGCCCAGACCGCUUGCCAGGAAGAGCUUCUCAGUGAAAAUGCUGGGCUGGAAAAUCAGCUCACAGAGAAGGAGAAGAUGGAGGAAGGGUCCUUGAAGUGGACAGUCUACCACCACUACAUCCAGGCAGGCGGAGGUUACGUGGUCUGUGGUGUGGUUUUCCUUCUCAUGGUGAUAACGGUCUUCUGCACGUUGUUCAACUUCUGGUGGCUGAGCUACUGGCUGGGGCAGGGCUCAGGGAAUAAUAGCAGUCAAGAGAGCAACUGGACUGCUGCAGACCCAGGUGACAUACUGGACAAUCCUCAGCUGCCCUUUUACCAACUGGUGUUUGGCCUCAGCAUCCUGUUCACAAUCUUCUUCAGCAUUUGCCUCACAGUGGUUUUCACCAAGGUGAUGGGGAAGGCACCCACAACACUGCACAACAAGCUCUUCAACAAGGUGUCUCUCUGCCCCAUGCACUUCUUUGACACGACCCCAACUGGCCGGCUCCUCAACUGCUUUGCAGGGGACAUGGAUGAACUGGAUCAGUUCUUGCCCAUCGUGGUUGAACAGUCUCUGCUCCUGUUUUUGGUGGUGAUCAUGAUCCUCUUGAUAAUCAGUUUCCUAUCCCCCUAUAUCCUGCUGAUGGGAGUUAUCAUCCUCUCUGUUUGCCUGGUUUAUUUUAGGAUGUUCAAGAGGGCCAUCAGUGUGUUCAAGAGACUGAAGAACUACAGCUGCUCCCCUUUGUUUUCCCACAUCCUCACCACGCUGCAGGGCCUGAGCUCCAUCCAUGUCUAUGGAAAAACUGAAGACUUCAUCAAUGAGUUUAAAAAGCUGACAGAUGUACAGAAUAACUACCUGCUGUUGUUUCUGUCUUCCACGCGAUGGGUGGCCUUGAGGCUGGAGCUCAUGAGCAACCUGGUGACCUUGGCUGUGGCCCUGUUUUUGGUUUUCGGCCUUUCCUCUGCCUCUUAUUCCUAUACAGCCAUGGCUAUCAGCCUCGUCCUACAGGUGGCGUCCAACUUCCAGGCCUGUGUCCGGAUUUGUUCAGAGACAGAGGCGUACUUGACAGCUGCAGAGAGGAUACUACAAUACAUGAAGAUGUGUGUCUCUGAGGCUCCUUUACGCAUAGAAGGCGUGAACUGUCCUCAUGGGUGGCCACAGCAUGGGGAAAUCACAUUCCAGGAUUACCAGAUGAAAUACAGAGACAACACGCCUGUUGUUCUCCAUGGCAUCAACCUGACGAUUCACGGCCAGGAAGUGGUGGGCAUCGUGGGAAGGACAGGCUCUGGGAAGUCCUCUUUGGGGGUGGCUCUUUUCCGCCUGGUAGAACCAGCCGGUGGCCGCAUCCUCAUCGACGGCGUGGACAUCUGCAGCCUUGGCCUGGAGGACCUGCGGUCCAAGUUCUCGGUUAUCCCUCAAGAUCCAGUCCUGCUGUCAGGGACCAUCAGGUUCAACCUGGACCCCUUUGACCGCUGCACAGAUGAGCAGAUCUGGGAUGCCUUGGAGAGGACGUUCCUGAACAAGAUGAUCUCAAAGUUGCCGCAAGGCCUGCAAGCAGAAGUUUUGGAAAAUGGCUCGAACUUCUCUGUGGGGGAGCGGCAGCUGCUCUGCAUUGCCCGGGCCCUCCUCCGCAGUGCCAAGAUCAUCCUUAUUGAUGAGGCCACAGCCUCCCUCGACUUGGAGACGGAUAUCCUCAUCCAGCACACAAUCCGUGAAAGUUUCCGGGGCUGCACAGUGCUAAUCAUCGCACACCGUGUCGCCACCAUCCUCAACUGCGACCGCAUCCUGGUCAUGGGCGACGGGAAGGUGGUGGAGUUUGACAAGCCUGAGGUCCUGCAGAAGAAGCCGGGGUCCAUGUUCGCAGCCCUGCUGGCAACAGCCAGCACUUCGAUGAGCUGAGGAGGAGAGGCUGCCUGGAGGCGGGUGUGGCUGAGCCAGCCAAGGUGCAGUGGUUGGAGCCCGAGGGGAGACUGCAGCCUGCAGCCUCCCCUGCAGAGACGGCUGCUUCUCCGCAAGGCAGGGCUGGAACGUGCUCGAAGCGCUGGUGAUGGGCAGGAAAAUGACAUUGAGGGAGCACAGCCUGGAGUAGGGCCCUUGCUGGCUCCCCUGGAGACCAUGUAGGAAUUUCAUAAUAAUGGUAAAGCUUAUUACAAUUUUCUGAUCGGUGUUAAGAGUGUUGCAAGUGGUAUACUGAUUUUGUGAAAAAGAAAAAGUCACAUUCUCAGUUCUGCUUUCUCUGUGAGCUGGUACUCAUUUAGCUACAGGGAACAGAAACGUUCUUAAGCUUUCUGGUAAAAGGGACGUUAUUAGCUCAUGUAAUAGAAAGUUGCAGAAAAAGCUCUGGGUUGAAUGCCGUGUCAAAAGGACGUCUGCCGUGCGGGCUCUGCCUUUCUUCACUCAGCCUCACUUUGGUUUGUUUGACUUCACUCUCUGGCCUUCUCUCCUCACGGCACAGCAUGGCUGCCAGCAGCUCAAGGCUCACAUCCCACCAGCUCCAUACUCCCCGUCCUUUCUCCAGGGAUUCCAGCAAAACUCCGGGGCUAAAUCUCACUGGGCCAACUUGAGUCUUGUGCUCAGCGCUGAGCUAGUUGCGUGUUGGGCUGCUGGAAUGCAGUGAGGGGCCGGGCCCAAACUGUAUGCCCACACCCGGGCCUGGGGAUGGGAUCAGCUACCCUGAAUCACAUAAAAGGAGAAUGGAGAGGAUUGUUUCCCCAAAAUAAAACUGGAGUGUUAUUACUACAUUAGGAAAGAGUGGGCAGCCCCCAAACAGUAGCUGUGUACCAUGCGCUUGUUUACUAAUUGGAGCAUAGAUAGGUGAAAUAAAGAGUUAACUUAUUAUUAAUACA